AUAACUAGACACGAACACGCGAUGUUCUUGAUUAUGCAAUGUUUCUGUACUGUCUUGCUCCGUUUGAAUACUUCAGCUAAUAUGUAUGUUCGUACAUUUUAAAGGAUUGUUGGCUUAGUGCGAGAUUAUUUCGAUAAAAGAAACGUCCAGGUUGAUGAUAUUAAGUCACUACAGCAGCAACAAUUGGUAACGGACAUCAGCCACCAUGGCCAUAAACAUACCUGGUCUUGUUUCUAUAAUCAUCUUCUACCUGCUUAUUCUCGCUGUUGGAAUAUGGGCGGGAAGAAAGACCAAGAAUCAGACUGGCAAGGACGCUAACUCUGAGAAUGUCAUGCUCGCGGGCAGGAAUAUCGGGCUUCUGGUGGGAGUCUUCACGAUGACAGCUACCUGGGUGGGGGGAGGAUUCAUCAAUGGAACAUCAGAGGUCAUUUUGGGGGACGGCUUUGUGUGGUGUCAGGCACCAUUCGGCUAUUCAGCGUCCCUUAUCUUUGGGGGUUUCUUCUUUGCGAAGAAGAUGCGAUUGCAGGGAUAUGUGACAAUGCUGAACCCGUUUUCCCAGAAGUAUGGUGAGCGUAUGGGCGGGUUGCUGUACAUCCCGGCCCUGCUGGGCGAGGUCUUCUGGUCAGCAGCUAUCCUAUCAGCUCUUGGUGCCACAUUGUCAGUGAUCUUGGAGCUGGACACUACGAUCUCUAUCAUCAUCUCCUCUUGCAUCGCUGUGUUCUACACGCUCUUUGGGGGCCUGUACUCUGUGGCGUACACAGACGUCGUGCAACUCAUCUGUAUAUUUGUAGGCUUGUGGGUAACCAUUCCCUUUGCGUUCACUGCUGCGCCUGUGAGCAGCAUACAGACCUAUGCCCAUGAGACAUGGAUCAAGUGCGUUGACGGCAAGUACUCCGGCAUGUACAUUGACAGCUAUCUGCUCCUCAUCUUUGGGGGUAUUCCUUGGCAGGUAUAUUUCCAACGGGUCCUAUCAGCUAGUACUGUGCGCAAUGCCCAGCUGUUGUCAUACAUCGCUGGCUUUGCAUGCCCCAUCAUGGCUAUUCCCUCCAUUUUGAUUGGAGCUAUUGCCACAAAUACGGACUGGAACAUGACUGAAUAUCGUCACCUGAACCGUCUGGUGAACGGUACAUUAGCAAAGGAAGACUUCAAAAUUGUGCUGCCACUUGUACUGCAGUACCUGACCCAUCCUGCAGUUGCAUUCUUUGGGCUUGGAGCAGUGUCCGCAGCAGUGAUGUCAUCAGCAGACUCUUCAAUUCUCUCAGCGAGCUCUAUGUUUUCUCGGAACGUGUAUAAGCUUGCCUUUAGGCAGAAGGCAUCAGAAAACGAGGUGUUAUGGGUAAUGCGAGUGUCUAUUUUUGGUGGGGGAGUGUUAGCCACGCUGAUGGGAAUAACAGUGGACUCAAUCUAUGUGUUGUGGUUCCUGUGCUCCGACCUGGUGUACGUUAUGCUAUUUCCCCAGCUGUUGUGCGUCAUCUAUGUUCGCUGGACCAACACCUACGGCUCGCUGGCUGCCUACAUUGUGGGUCUGUUCUUCCGGUUGGCUGGCGGGGAAGCUGCAUUAAAGAUUCCAGUUCUAAUCAAAUAUCCUUUCUACAGUGAAGAAGAUGGGCAACUGUUCCCUUUCAAAACGCUCUGUAUGCUUAUCUCCUUGUCUACUAUACUCCUCGUUUCGUAUCUUGCCAAAUACGUAUUUGAACAUGGCAUCCUUCCUCCCAAAGCAGACAUCUUUAUGUGCGUUGUGAACAUCCCUGAUGAAGCAAUCGCCCUCAUAAACACAGAGCAUCAUGAAAGCAUGGCCAUAACGCAAAUGGUCGAGCAGAAUGGGAAGAUAAAUCCCGCAUUGAAUGAGGAUCUUCUUACAAUAAAAGCAGAGGAUACAACAGGAAGCAAAGUUUCAGAGGAAAUAUGCACUACCCAUUUAUAAUUAUCAAAAUACAAAGGAAAUUCCAGACUGUGAAUUACAGUUUACAAUAAGUGAUCAAUUUUUUUAGAAACUCUGCUCAUGGAAUUUAGGAGCAAAUCUAUUUCAUAUGUUUCUUUUAAAAAAAUGAAAGAAAACUUGCAGAAAGCAAAUUAUUGACAAGAAUAAAAGAGCUGGAAGAAAACUUUUCAGAUUGACAUUUUGAAGAACUAGAACUUUAAAAAAAUGAAAUAAAUAAUAUUCAGAAUGCAACUUUAAAAGGUCAGAUCCAAAUUUCAAUGCUCCUAACAAGGUGAAAAACCAUCUAAAUAGUUAUGCAGCCUAGAAAAACAUAAUGCAAUAGCCAACAACAACAACAACAACAACAAAGGUUUAUUGUGAUAUGCAGGCCGCCGGCCCCUGACACAGUUAUAGAACAUAAUUAUAUAUAUAUAUACAAAAGCAUGUGUGCACAUAACAUCAUCAAGCAUGAAAUGGUAUAGGUUUAACAUAUUGAAAAAGGUAGUAAAGGAUAAGUAGCUACCCUACAACGUAAGUAACUCCUUACGUCUUACAAAUGCAAGGUAAAUAUACGAUGCUAGAUCCUUAAUAUAAGUUUCAUUUCGACUUGACAUUAAUAUAUGCAAUUUCAUUACAUUGGGAUUUAAAAGAAAUUUUCGCGGAAUAAAUCGUGCCCUUAGAUCCUUAAACAUAGCCAAAACAAUAUAUAAAUUAAAACAUGCAGAAGGUAGUGAAAUAACCGACCAAACGGAUAUCCUUGAUACAAAAACAUCUUACUAUCAGUCUCUUAACUAUGUAAAAGAAAUAAACUGUCUAUAAAAUUAAACCAAAAUGGGUCCUUUUCAAUCGAAGGUAUCAUUACUAUAGAAGUAGCUGCAACAGUGUUGAAAAAUAUGUCAAAUAAUAAAAGCCAAGGCAGUUCUGGAUUCAAUGCAGAUUUUUAUAAAAUGUUUUGGAAAAGAUUUGGUACUUUUGUUGUCAGAUCCUUCAAUGAAGCUUUUAAUUUUGGAAGUUUAUCUAUUACACAAACACAAGGUAUCAUCACCAAAAGGUGAUUAAGCUGUUUAUAAAGAAUUGGCGCCCAAUUACUCUUUAAAAUACUUUAUAAAAUUGCCUCUGGAGUAAUAGCUAACAGACUUAAACUAUUCAUGGAUAAUGUAAUUCAUAACGACCAGAUUGGUUUCAUUAAAGGGAGAUACAUAGGGGAAAAACAAGGUGAAUUUAUGACAUUAUGCACUAUACUGAAGAAAAUGAUAUCCCGGGUUUACUUCUCCUAAUAGACUUUGAAAAGGCGUUCGAUUCUUUGUCAUGGUCCUUUGUACAAAAAACACUAUCUUUUUUUAAUUUCGGUCCAGACAUAAAACAUUGGUUCCAUGAUUUAUUUAAAGAUUUCAAAUCAGCUGUUUCUCAGUGCGGUUACUUAUCUAACUUUCUACCUGUUGAAAUGGGCUGCAGACAAGGAGAUCUUAUCUCAUGUUAUAUUUUCAUCCUCUGCGCGGAAGUUUUGUCACUUAUAUUGAGAGAUAACAAAAAUAUAAAAGGUAUAACAAUACAUGGAAAUGAACAUAAAAUGUCAAAGUUUUCGAACGAUACUACAAUUUUAUUAGACGGUACUGAACAAUCCUUAAAUGAAACUCUAACUGUUAUACAAGAUUUGUCAAAUAUCUCAGGUCUUAAUGUCAAUUUGGAUAAAACAAAGGUUUAUGGAUUGGAAAAAAUAUAUAUAGUUGUUGCACCAUAAAAACUCAAUCGGAUGCAACACAGCUUUAAAAUGUUAGAAAUAAAUUUCCACGUUGACCUGUCAAAAAUGGUUAAAAUCAAUUUUGAUGAAAACAUUGUCAAAAUGGAAAAUAUUCUGAAAAACUGGAAAAAGAAUUUUAACACCAAUUGGAAAGAUUGUAAUUGUAAAAACUAGGGAUGGGACCGAUUAUCCGAAUAUUCGAAUAUUCGAAAAUCGGCCGAAUAUUCGAAUCCAAAAUUCAUAUUCGAAUAUUCUAUUUUUAUGCAAAGACAUUUCCAAAAAAGUACAUGUACAAAGUCGCAGUUUUUGGUUUCCAGUAUUAGUCAUUUAUUUGAUAACAGCUGCCAUCAAUGAACGAGGCAAACGGGAGGGUAUAAGGAGAGGGACCAAUCUUAAAUUCAGAGUUAUGCAAUAUGUACAAAUUAUUUUCUGAAAAUCAGUCAAAUAUGAAAGUCAAUUUAUGUGAAACAAUGACGUUUAUUGAUAAACAUUACAAAAUCUGUGUUUUUACAGGUUUUUUAACCUCAGCGGUCAAUUUUAUAAACAGUGGUUAUUAUUAGCUGUAGUUACUUGAUUAGCGCAGUUAUUUACAUAGAUAUGUUACCGCCAUAUAUUUGUAUUUAUAUAAACGAUGGUUUCUCCGUUAUAACCUAACCAUUGAACUUUGUUAACUUACCACUGUAAAAUUACCAACAACGCAAUCCUGAAAAUGACGUCGUUUUCGCGCAAUUUGUCAAACGAACAUUGUCCAAUAUAGCCUUUGACUCUGUCACAAAAGAAACAAGACUAUUGCCAAACAAUAUAUGUCCCCUACCGGCUCCACCAUUGUCAGAAAUUCCACCAUUGUCAGAUUUUUUUUUUAUAUAUUUGUUUCCAUAGAAACCUGAAUUUUUGAUGUAGGAACAAAAUGAAAUGACGUGCAUAAUGUCCAUAUUGCCAUCUAUCCAUGUUUCAAGUUUCAUGAAAAAAAAAUUUUUUUUAUGAAGAACUUUUAAAGUUAUCGCAUGAUCCAGAAAACUACCAUUUUCAGCAGUAUUUCUAGUCUAUUUGUUGCCAUAGCAACCAGAAUUUUUGACGUAGGAACAAAAUGAAAUGACGUGCAUAAUGUCCAUAUUUCCAUCUAUCCAUGUUUCAAGUUUCAUGAAAAAAUAUGAAGAUCUUUUAAAGUUAUCGCAGGAUCCAGAAAAGUGUGACAGACAGACUCACAGACGCACAGAGCGAAAACCACAAGUCCCCUCCGGUGAAACCGGUAGGGGACAAUAAGCAAACAACGGGCUUUAACCUUUAGUGACCCAGAGAUGGACGUUUUUAAGACCUUAGUGUAAGAAAAUCUUCAUAAAAUCAAAGCAAAUAAAAGCGGUCACUCGUAACCUAAUAAGUAAUGGGCACAAUGCUCGUUGUAGUCAGAAACUUGGUACAAUACAUUAUUUAAAGCCUCAUUAACACUCACAAUCAACGAAUAUUUCGUAAACUAUUUCAUAACAUAAAGUUAUCCCAUAAAAAAUCAGUGUUCCUUAAACCAAUAGCCAAAAUUCGAACGCAAGAUGUGGUCUGGUAACAUAGAUUUAACAAAAUACAAUGUUACCAGACCACAUCUAUCGUUGAAGUUUUGGCUACUAUAAGUAACACUGAUUUUUUAUGGGUACACUUUUAUUUUACGAAAUAAUUUACGAAAUAUUCGUUGAUUUUGAGUGUUAAUGGGGCUUUAAAAGGAUUCUGUCUGGUUAUGAUGUAUACGCAUUAAAAUGCAAAUCUCAUUUCUUUAUCGUGAUGAUAUAACUAUUUUGAUAAAUUUACAUUUAUUUAGCGACACAGAUUUAAUUCACAUGGGGCGAAGUAUGGUGCAUCGUAGCGAAAAGAUGAAACGAACACAUAAAGUGUAAUAUAUGUUGUCACACGAUUUAUUAUCGAACCCCGGGUAAAUCCAGUUUCAUGCAAUUGCAGUGCACGUUUUGCAGCAAUAAAACGAAACUUUAAGCAAUAAAAGUGUGCGUUUUGCAACACUGCGUUUUGCAAGAUAGAUUCUAUAUUUGAAAUAUGAAAUGAUUAAAAUACUCAUAAAAUAAUUCUUUGGAACGAAAGCAUUUGCAUUGAACAUCAAAUUAACUGCAGUUUGUAUUUUAGAAGCUAAUAUGUAUUUAAUGUUCAUGCCAUUGAGCAUUAACUAUUGGGGACUUAAAAUGAUAACUACAUUCGUUUCAAGUUACCGAAUUAAUAUACGUACCAUCACUAGAAUUAUGCUUCAGUUAAGCUUUAUUAUAUUUAAUUCUUGCAUAGUUAUUUAGUCUACUUAUUGUUUUAUUAAUUUAGCUUACCGUUCCUUAUAUAGCUUUAAUAGCGAUUUUUUUGUGAACCUAUAGAAGGUUUAAACGAAUAUCGGCACAAAUUGUCUUAUAUCGGGACGCCGGGACAAUCAACUAAAUCGCGGUCCCGUCGAGAUCUGGAAUAUAUGUUUUAAUUCCGCUAUUCAUAUAUCAAAUCAAUGAUCAUCUAAUCAGAAUUUUUUUUCUCAACUUUUAUACCAAUUAAAUCGUCGUGGUUCUUAAUUCCAGAAAAAUAGCGAAACCAAAAGGAUACAUAUGAUCGAUGGAAAGUAAUCCAAAUCAAUUAGAAGUAUUGUAAAUUAGAUUUACGGUAAUGUGUUUUCCUGAAAUAUCUUACAUCUUAUGAAACUAAACAGUAUUUAUUUAAAACGAAGAGCAUAAUAAUCAAUGAUCUUAAACAGAUAUAAAUUUCAUUGGAUAGAAAUCUCAAAACUCUAUUUUGAUACAUACAGACAAUUUAAUUUCAGUAAUCAUUAUGUUUUAAAUAUAUCUAAUAGAAUUUCUUACCCUUUUUGGGUAGAUGUUUUAAAAAGCUUCUCACUUUAUUGUGGUAAAUUAGAAGUAAACACAGAAGAUUUCUUGUACUAUCCCCUAUUUUAUAAUCCAAACAUAUUGAUAGUAAAUAAAAGGUUUUUCUGUAAGUCCUGGUUUGUAGCUGGAAUGCGUUGUUUAGGUGAUAUAUUAAAAAUGGUACCUUUAUAUAUCUUGGUGAAUUAAGUAAUUAAAUAGAAUGAACACUUUGAACAUAAAUUUCAUUCAUUACACAGGAGUGACAAGAACAAUUGAUAAAUUUGUGAAAAAAUAUUGUUUAUUGUUUAUUGUAGGGCAUACCCAGAAAAUUAUCAAACCCUUUUGCCCCCAUUAUUUCAAUUUGUACUGAAAAAAGAAUCCGGUGCAAAACGACUAUACACAAUUCUAAAUAAAAAUAAUGAACAACCAUCAGUUAAAGCAAAAUGGUGUACACAACUCAAUACCUUUAUUAAUGAAAAAGAAUGGCAUUGUUUAUUUGAGCUACCCUUUUUAAUAACCAGUGAUGUAAAGGUUCAGUGGUUCCAAUAUAGGUUAAUCCACAGGAUAUUCGGAAUAAAUAGUCUUUUGAAUAAAAUGAAAAUUACUGAUGACCCAUUAAGUUCAUUUUGCAAACAAAGUAAGGAAAAUUUAGAAAAUUUAAUCUAAGAACGUAAUAUAUCUAAAGCAACUAUUGAUGAAAUGUUACCAGAACAAUCUUUUCCUUUCAUUAACAUGCCCAUCUUUCUACUUGGAUAUUCAAUUUAGUCUGCUAGACCAGAAACUAGUGUUAUUUUGUUUAUUAAGUUAUAUUUGUACAAGUGUAAAAUGAAUAAAUGCAGUUCAAGCAUAACAGGAGCAAAGAUAUACACUAAGUAUGAAUAUGAUAACUUGAGAAAAAUAUCAAUGUCACAAAAUAAGUUAAACUUCUUUGACAGUGAGUGGGAACAGUUUAAUGCUAUGCUCUCACAAACUUAGAAUUCAAAUUUGAUUAUUGUUGUAUUUUAAAUCACUGUUUACAAAUACUAUUUAAAGAUUUAAAGCGUACCGUUACUCAAUUACAAUGUACACAUUCUUUGUUGUUUUUUCAAACUGGAGGAUGUUUGUUUUUUCUCUAAGUUUUUACUUUCCAUAUAAUUGUAACGUUUUAAAGACACUUCACUUA